UCCGAACCUCUCUCUCAUCGCAUUCCACCCCCCACCACCGCCGGAACCGCCGCCGCCGGAACCGCCGCCGCCGGCGUCAGUCCACCUCCGCCUCCGCCGCCGCGUCCUUCUCUCUCUCUCUCCGUCUAGGCUCGAGGAGAGCUGGACGGUGAAUGCUGAACCGGCGGACGACGCCCUGAGCUGGGAGAUCUCUCCAGUUUGGCUUCCGCGAACUCGCUGCGUUCGAGCUCGAGCUCGAGCGCGCGCUCUCCUCUGGAGCUGCAUUCACUCCGGGAUCUGCACCCGAAGGAUAUCACCAGGCUUGGAAGAUAUUAUCACACAGGGCUAAGUAAUUGACGGAUAUGGAGCGUCGAAGUUGGCCAUGGAAGAGAAAAUCGUCGGACAAGUCUUCUGCUGAGAAAGCAGCAGCUAUAUUGGACUCUGCCAGUGCUGCCGUUACACAGGCAAAGACCCAGGUUGAUCAGGAUAACUACAAGAAACCGAAUUAUGUUCAAAUUUCUGUGGAGUCCUAUUCACAUCUCACCAGUUUAGAGGAUCAAGUAAAGAUAUACGAGGAGCAAGUUCAAACACUUGAGGAACAGAUUAAUGAAUUAAAUGAAAAACUAUCUGCCGCCAAUUCAGAGAUAACAACAAAGGAGAACCUGGUGAAACAGCACACGAAAGUUGCUGAAGAAGCUGUCUCAGGUUGGGAAAAGGCUGAGGCAGAAGCUUUGGCAUUGAAAGGUCAUCUAGAGUCGGUAACUCUCGAGAAGCUUACUGCUGAAGAUCGUGCAUCCCAUCUGGAUGGUGCUCUUAAGGAGUGCAUGAGGCAGAUACGGAAUCUGAAGGAAGAUCAUGAAAAGAAUUUACAAGAAGUUGUUCUUUCCAAAACCAAGCAGUGGGAAAAAAUCAAGCAUGAAUUUGAAGCCAAGAUCAUCAGUCUGGACCAAGAACUGCUUCGUUCUGCGGCUGACAAUGCUGCACUUUCGAGGUCACUUCAAGAGCGUUCUAACAUGCUAAUUAAGAUCAGUGAAGAAAAAUCAAAGGCUGAGGCAGACAUCGAGCUGUUAAAGAGCGAUAUUGAAUCAUGUGAAAAGGAGAUUAAUUCCCUUAAAUAUGAACUUCAUGUUGCUUCUAAAGAACUUGAAAUACGCAAUGAAGAGAAGAACAUGAGUGUGAGGUCUGCAGAAGCAGCCAACAAACAGCAUAUGGAGGGUGUCAAGAAAAUAGCCAAGCUAGAGGCAGAAUGCCAAAGACUACGUGGUUUAGUUCGAAAGAAAUUGCCUGGUCCUGCAGCACUCGCCCAAAUGAAGAUGGAGGUCGAGAGUUUAGGUCGAGAUUAUGGAGAUUCUCGCCUGAGGAGGUCUCCGGUCAGGCCUCCUAGUCCUUACCUUUCUCCUAUGCCAGAAUUUUCUCUUGAGAAUGUGCAGAAAUUCCACAAGGAAAAUGAGUUCCUUACAGAACGUUUGUUGGCAACGGAAGAAGAGACAAAGAUGCUGAAAGAAGCUUUAGCAAAACGCAAUAGUGAAUUGCAGGUGUCAAGGAACAUGUGUGCCAAGACUGCUAGCAAACUUCAAAUUCUAGAAGCGCAAUUGCAGAUCAGCAAUCAAGACAGAAGCUCACUGAAACCGAUCGUUCAAAUUCCAGCUGAUGCUUCUUUCAGUCAUAAUGCCAGCAACCCCCCUAGCUUGACCUCAAUGUCUGAAGAUGGAAACGAAGAUGAAAGAAGUUGCGCCGAGUCCUGGGCAACAGCACUAAUCUCUGAGCUCUCUCAUUUUAAGAAGGGAGAGAACAUUGAGAAACCAGUUAAAGCUGACAAUGCGAGUGACUUGGAGCUUAUGGAUGACUUCCUUGAAAUGGAGAAGUUGGCAAAUAAUUCAAACCGAUCCAUUUCUGUUUCGGAUGGUUCAGUUAUCAAGGGACCUGACACUCCUUGCAACAGUGCCCCAGGAGAAACUACUAGGGGCAAAGAUUCGGAUUCAUCUCCCACUGGGCCAUGUUCUGAUGUUGAAGCAUUAUCAGCAAGUCAUGAAUCUGCCACGAAGAUGACAUUGAUGAAGCUGCAAUCGCGAAUCUCUUCAAUUUUUGACACUAGAUCAAAUGGGGAUGCCGUGGACAAAAUUUGGAAGGAUAUCAAACAAGUUUUGCAGGAUGCACAUGAUACACUUCAUCUACACCCCAUGUCUUGCACUUCGGAUGAGAAGCAGUGUUCUGAUGUGUUAUCCAACAGGAAAACUUGUGCUGAAGAUGCUUCCGCCCCCGGUGGAAAAGAUCUCGAUUGGAUGGGAGAUGCCAAGCCAGCUAAUGGAGCUGAUCAGACAUUAAGUAAAGAAAUGGCAGCUUCUAUUAUCCAGAUUCAUGAAUUUGUACUGCUUCUAGGCAAAGAGGCAAUGGCGGUCCAUGAAAUAUCUGUUGAUGGUGAUGGAUUAGACAGGAAAAUCGAGGAGUUUUCUGUUACCUUCCAUAAAGUGCUAAAUAACGACGCAAAUUUGUUUAAUUUUGUUCUUGACCUUUCUCUUGUUUUAGAUAAGGCUAGAGCGCUUAAGUUUAAUAUCCUUGGAUACAAGGGUGUUGAAUCAGAAGUUAGCAGUCCUGAUUGCAUCGACAAGGUUGCACUGCCUGAGAAUAAGGUUAUUCAACGGGAUGCUUCAAGAGAGAGUUAUGAAAAUGGCUGCAGAAACAGCAAGGGUCUCACUCCGAAUCCUGAUGUUUCUGAUGAUAAUGGAGGGUCAGACUAUGAAAUAAGUACUUCGCUGAAAAUCUCUUUGGAGGAUUAUGAAAAAUUAAGAUCUGAGAAAGACAAAAUGGCCAUGGACUUGGCCAACUCAACUGAGAACUUAGAGAUAACGAAGACCCAGUUACAAGAAUUGGAGCAGCUGCUAGGAGAAGUGAAGACACAGCUGGCCGCUUCUCAAAAUUCUUACAGCUUGGCAGAGACUCAGCUGAAAUGUAUGGCAGAGUCAUACAGAUCUCUGGAAGCGCGUGCACAUGAAUUAGAAGCUGAAAUAAAAAUUCUGCAGGCAAAAAUAGAGAGCCAGGAUAAUGAAUUUCAGGAGGAAAAGAGAGGUCAUCAAGAUGCUUUGGCCAGAUGCAAGGAUCUUGAAGAACGUUUGCUGAGGAAUGAGAGCUGCUCAUCACAGGGUGAUGCUGACCAAAGCAAACAGGAGAAGGAGCUUGCAGCUGCAGCAGAGAAGCUAGCAGAGUGUCAAGAAACAAUUUUCCUACUGGGCAAACAAUUAAAAGCAUUACAUCCAAAUUCGGAGCUCACAAGUUCCCAGGAAAACGAGAGAACUCAAAAGGAGGACGAAACUAGGGUUGGGGGCAUGAACUUGCAAGACAUGGAUCAGGCUGAGAUGGAUGAUGUCUCAAUAACCAGUUUGCAACGAACGGGCGAUGAAUCGCCGCUGCAUUCUCAUAACUUCCCGUGCAGCCCCUCAGAAAGUGAAGCAAGCUUUCUGAGAUCUCCUGUCAAUUCCAAACGUCCAAAGCACAGACCCACCUUGUCGACCUCUUCGUCUUCCUCGUCAGGCCCUACUCCCGAGAAGCAACAGAGAGGAUUCAGCAGAUUCUUCUCCUCGAAAGGCAAGAACAGCCAAUAGGGCUCGCGACGGGGACAACCAGCACCUUGUAUAGGUCGGGUUCCAAAUAGGUCGGGUUCCAAACCUGCGCUAAUAACAUAUCUCGGGUACAAAAGAUGAUGUAAUAUUACUCAGACCGGAUGUUCAUAUUCAUGUGGUAGUUUGCAAGUUGGGAGGUUCAACUGGUGAGGUUGAAUCGGCCGGGUUUUCCAAAUGACAGGAUUUUGCAACUAGCUUCUGUACAUGAGUUAUGUUUCUGUUAAUUCCAUCUCUUUGCCAA